AUGCCCUCGCAACCCAAGAACAGACAAGAGGCCAAGAGCACGUACGUCCGCCUCACAAUUGGGCAGAAGAUCGAGAUUAAAAACUGCUGGGUACACUCUGGUAUCGUGCCACGUCCGACCUCAACAAUGGCGGUGCGUCAUAUUCUUGCUUACUAG